GCUCGCGCGGCGGAGCGCGGGGCGAGCGGCUGCUGGCAGCGAGUGCAGCGGCCCGCGAGCUCCGUGCGGAGCAGCCGGCCGGCGCGGGAGAGAAAGGACCUGAAGAUGGAGUAGGAACAAAGGCAUCCCCCGUGAUUCUGAGCACCUUUCCCUGUGGACUCCAGCCCUAGCCAGAGGCUGCAUGUGGAGCUGAAGGCACUGACCUGCUGCCUUCCUGAGAACCCCUUCCUCUCCUAAUUCAUGAGCCAGCAGGAUGCGGUCGCUGCGCUUUCAGAACGCCUGCUCAUAGCUGCGUACAAAGGCCAAGCGGAGAAUGUGGUUCAGCUCAUCAACAAGGGUGCCAAGGUAGCGGUUACCAAGCACGGCCGGACCCCCUUGCACCUCGCUGCCAAUAAGGGACAUCUCUCUGUGGUCCAGAUUCUGCUGAAGGCUGGCUGUGACCUCGACGUGCAGGAUGAUGGGGACCAGACAGCCUUGCACCGGGCCACCGUGGUGGGAAACACUGAGAUCAUCACAGCGCUUAUCCGGGAGGGAUGUGCCCUGGACAGACAGGACAAGGACGGGAAUACAGCCCUCCAUGAAGCCGCCUGGCAUGGGUUCAGCCAGUCAGCCAAGCUGCUCAUUAAAGCAGGAUCCAACGUGCUUGCCAGGAACAAGGCAGGGAACACAGCUCUGCACCUGGCCUGCCAGAACAGCCGCUCCCAGAGCACGCGCGUCCUCCUGCUGGGUGGCUCCCGGGCUGACCUCAAAAAUAACGCAGGGGACACCUGUUUGCACGUGGCUGCGCGGUAUAAUCACUUGUCCAUCAUUAAACUGCUCCUCGGCGCUUUCUGCUCUGUUCAUGAAAAGAACCAGGCUGGAGACACAGCCCUCCACGUGGCUGCUGCCCUAAAUCACAAGAAGGUAGUUAAAAUCCUGCUGGAAGCUGGCGCUGACACCACCAUUGUGAACAACGCAGGCCAGACCCCGCUGGAGACUGCCCGCUACCACAAUAAUCCUGAAGUUGCUCUGCUGCUCACCAAGGCUCCCCAGAUCUUGCGCUUUAGUCGUGGGCGAAGCCUGAGGAAAAGGAGAGAGAGGCUCAAGGAAGAGAGGAGGGCCCAGUCUGUGCCCAGAGAUGAGGUGGCACAGAGCAAGGGAAGUGUCUCAGCAGGAGACACUCCCAGCAGUGAGCAAGCUGUCCCCCAAAAAGAGGAAGCUAGAAGAGAUUGCCCGUCAGCUUCCCAGGAGCCCAGGAAGGAUGACAGGAGGAGAAAGUCAAGGCCAGAGGUGUCAGCACUAUCUGACCCCACCCCAGCAGCAGACCAACAGCCUGGACACCAAAGGAACCCACACAGUCAUCACCACCCCAAAAAGAAGAGCAGACAUCGAUGCUGGUCCCCACCUCCGCCCCACGGAUUCAGGGCGUACCAGCUCUACACGCUGUACCGGGGCGAGGACGGAAAAGUGAUGCAGGCACCAAUAAAGGGUUGUCGCUGUGAACCUCUAAUCCACAAGCUGGAGAACCAGCUGGAGGCGACUGUGGAGGAGAUAAAAGCUGAGCUGGGAUCGGUGCAGGAUAAAGUGAACACAAAGCUGGGACAGAUGGAGAGCAAGACCCAGCACCAAAUGUGUGUUUUGGACAAACUGAUGGUGGAGCGCCUGUCGGCGGAGAGAACAGAGUGCCUGAACCGCCUGCAGCGGCAUGCAGCUGCCGAGAAGCAGGAGGGAGAGAAGCGGCAGAUGUCCUUAGUGGACGAAUUAAAAGCCUGGUGUAUGUUGAAGAUCCAGAAUCUGGAGCUGAGGCUUUCUGGAGAGUCUCGGACCUGUAGAGCUAAAUCCACACCAUCUCCUUGUGACUCCUCUCCAGCUGUAGACCAACCAGCGGGAGCUGCGGGGCCAGUGGCCGCUGCCAACAGCUCCAGUCAGGCUGUGAGGCCCAAGGACAAGGCAGCCAGUGCCACUGCUGCCCAGAGACAACAGCAGGAGCAGCUUCCCUCUGACUGCACAGGCUCCCGGGCGAGGAAGGGCAAGGCCCAGGCAGCCUCCUGCCCCUUGCCUGGGGCUCCCAAGUGUGAUCCGCAGACUGGCGCCUGUGUCAACAAAGGCACUCAAACCAAGAAGUCUGGGAGAAGCGGGCAGACCAAGCAUCGGGACCAGCAGCCAACAGCCAGCAGCCCCUGUGGGCAGCAGCCGUCGGCAGCGGGCAGUGAUAUUCGAGAUGCCUCGCAAGCCCUGGAGCUAACCCAGUAUUUUUUUGAGGCUGUUUCUACCCAGAUGGAAAAAUGGUAUGAACGGAAAAUUGAAGAAGCACGAAGCCAGGCCAGUCAGAAAGCCCAGCAAGACGAGGCCACACUGAAGGAGCACAUCAGAAGUCUGGAGGAGGAGCUUGCCAAGCUGCGGACCAAGGUGCAGAAGUAACACCCGAACCCCGAGGUGAAGCAAUGGGGUUUCUGCUUGGGGACAGCAAAUCCCUGUGUCCCAGGAGCUGGUGAUCAGGCACAAGGUGGAACUGCCUUUGAAAAAGUCGCUAAUCUGUUGUGGACACACACUUCUGUGCUCUGAAGUUACAAGGACUUCACUAGUCCCACUGAAUCCCGGGAAGAAAGCUUGAGGAGGUGCAGGCCUCACUCCUAAGUCUAAACUUCAGGCCAGGUUCAUAAAAGGCAAGCCACACCAAGAAGAGAAGGUACGUGCCGAAGUCUAAGGUUCGGUGAUCUGAAGUAUGUCUGAAGCAAAGAUUACUCUCUGGGAACUCUACAAGUGGUCAUUCAUAUCCACAUCAACACACCUGCUGUGCCUAGACGUCCUAGCAGAGCCAGGACUCAGUUGCAGGAAGCCCUUUUUCUCCCUUGUAACUCUCAAAUGCUCAUCUUUUAACUCGGUGAAAAUCAGAUUUUGAGAGGAAAUACAUUUUAUGGAUCUCAGUGUCCAGUAUGUCUUAAAAUAAUUUUGAAGGUCAUGUGAAUAAGGAGUAAUACUGCUGACUGGAAAUGUUUGUCAAAUGAGAAAAGUUUAAACCACUGGUCAGUUACUGUGUUUUUAGCCAAAAUAACUGAGCUGAUUACUGGAAAAACAUUCAUGAACCAACUCCAGCCAGUUACCUUAGACUGCCUUUCUGAAUUCAAGACCUUUGUUCUGUAUUUUGUGAAGAAUUAAGGCAAUUUCACGGAAGUUUAAUUUUGAAUUGACUUCUCUCACCGAAGAACAUCAAGGUAAAUAACUAACUUGACAUCAGAAUACUGAAUAUAAUGUACCAGACUCAGGCGGUGAAGACAUUAGCCAAGACCUUGGAUUUCUCUUGCAAUCCUUUGGAUCAUGGAUCUUAUCAGUCUCCACAUGCUCCACGUAUGCACAGAAAUUCAGUCUAUUUCCCUAAGCCUAAGAACCUAGUAACUACUGUCCAUGACUUGUGACUAAAAUGCUGUUCAUUGAGCCAAAGAGAAGUGAUGAUCUUUCAGUAAUAGUAUGCAUUUAGCCCUUUGUCAAGCCAAGGUUUUGUUUUUCCUUGUAAUGACAGUCCAAGGAUAUAGACAUUUCUGUAAAAGUAACAGGGCAGAUAUUUUUGAGUACAGAAUCCAGUGAGUCGUUAUUUCUUGUGACUGACCUGUCUCUGUCCUCAGCGUCUUGGGAGGUGCAACCCUUUCCCAGUCUCCUUCACUGGGGUUCUGUCUUCAGCUCACUUGCCCCUGAGCCCUGCUGUGACCCGACUGGCAACAAGAUGUCACUCACUCCUGUAGGAUCGUCCCUAUUAUACCCCAGAUUAUUAGGAACAGCCUAAUACUAAGUGAGAGAUGAAAUCCUGAGCGCAGUGAGUUAUGCUCCAAGCAGGAGUUGUUUUCACUAUUAGAAUCCUUAUUACCUCAAGAUAUCCUUGUUGAGAAGUGCAGAGAUCAACUGUAAUUGAACAUCAAGUCUAGACCAUGAUAUACCUCCUACCCAUCAGAAGCAGGCAGCUUAUCACUGUGAAUUGGACAUUUUUGUCAAGGCAUUAAGCAUACAGACCAGGCUAUUGAAUAAGGCCGGCCAGCCCCUUACACACAGGGUUGACUUCCUGAGUGGUGGUUGGUUUGUUCUUUGGGGUUUACUGUGUACCCUAGACUGGCCUUGAACUCAUGAUCUUCCUGUCGAAGCCUCCUGAAUUCUGGGGUUAAAGGAGUGAGCGCCAUGGCCAACCCUGUUUUGUUUGUAACACCGAUGUUAGGUUGGUUGCAACUGUCCCUCUGCAUUAGGAAACACUGCAGAUCUGGUGUGUAUUUCCUCCUUGUGCCAUGUGCUGAAACAAGCCAAUAUCCCAGCUGCACUUUCACAAAUAACUGUUUAUACCACAUACUCGUGUAGGUCAUGUUUCAAAGUGGGGCCUAAAAAGUGUCAACAGCUGUGGUGAACGUUAUAAAACAGUAAAGUUGUACAUUAAUGUCCUUUUUCAAAACGAGUAACUGUUAGCACAUCCAUUAUACUGUAUACUAAAUAUCUGUGAUGGAUGAAUGUGUUAGUCCUAGCAUCACUUUGAUUUGGAGAGUCCAAAACACAGGGUUUUCAUAUGCGGACCUUUUUUUUUUUUUUUGUGAAAGGCAUGUUGUCUAAUAUUUUUGUCACCUUGAACUUGUGGGUCUCUGUAAGCAUUAAACAUUGUUUCCAGUUCUGCUGGUACUCUCCUCAUUUACAGCAAUUUGUUCUGCUGUCUGCACUCAAGACCUCCCGAAAGACAGCCUGCAUCCAGCCACUUAGAGCAAAUGCAUCUAGUUGAAAGUCAACAUCAGGUGUCUCCAUCAACACUAAGUGGGUGCAAUCUGUUUCCGUAGGAAUCCUUUUCAUGUUGUUAAUGCAAGCACAUUAACUCCACAAGGUACAGGACAGGAUAACACCUUGAAAAAAUA